CAACGCUGUUGCCGAGAGGAGUCCCUGGCGCAGGGAUGGAGAAGACGGCGCCACCUGCUGCCCCACUUACACCCCAAGACCUCCGUGUGUCCCCCAGCCGCGCCAAGAGCAAAGCGGAGAAGGAAGAGGAGCCCCCGCCUUUGGUGACAUCUCCCGUGGCCUCUUUGGGGGGCCUGGCCAACUCGGGGGUUUCGGCGACCCACAGCCACCCCACGCCAAGCGGUGGGGGGCGGAAGCAGGACUUGCGGCUGCCGAAGAGGAGACCCCCAGGGAAGCGCUACCAGUGCUCUGGGGACGGCUGUCGCCUCGCUUGCCGCAGCAUGAAGGAGCUGCUGGAUCACAUUCAGGUUCAUUAUCGGCCCACACAGUCGGUGGAGGGGAAGAUUUUCCGCUGUUCUUCUCCGGGCUGCUUAGAAUCUUUCCCCAACAUGCAAGUUCUCAUGGAACACAUAAAGGUGCACUACAAGCCGAACCGCUACUUCAAGUGUGAGAACUGCAUGACGCGUUUCCGGACGUACCGCUCUCUCUUCAAGCACCUCCACAGCUGCUCCUCGGCUGGAACUGCCGCUGCUGCCGACACCCCGCCCCUGGUGCCGGAGAAGCCUCUCCCGGAAAAGGACCCCCCCGGCAAGCUGCUGGAGGUCCUCCCCAAACUGCAGACGGUCAUCCAGCAGCUCAGGAAGGAAGCCAUCCUCCCCGGCGAGAUGGAGGCCCCACCGCCAGCCCCUGACCCGCUCCCUCCCGGCCCCCCGGGGCCCUUGCCUGUCCUGCCCCCAGGGCCCCACCCCUUCCCUCUGCUGGAGCCCUCCCUCUUUGGACCCCCGCCGCCCCUGGCCAGGUUUCCGGGGCCAGCUCCCCACACUCUCCCAGGACCCUUCCUGCCUUACGUCCAUCCUGGGAGCUACGCCUUGCCUCCGGCCGCCGUCCAGAGCCGCCUCCGGCCGUUCCUGCCGGGACAGGGACUCCCCAUCUCCAACGCCGUCUGGAAGAAAAGUCAGGGGCACUCCUCCAACAGCCGCAUUGUGUGGGAACACACACGGGGGCGCUACAACUGCCUGCAGUGCUCCUACUCGACGGCGUCGCGGGAGGAGGUCACUCAGCACGUCGAGGACCACCGCAAGAACCCCUCCCCGCCCGGGCGCCUGGACGGAGAAAUGGACUUUGGGGUGGGGCUCCCUUUGUUCCACCCCAGACUGACGCCGGAAGUGGAGAACACCCUCUUCUCACCGCUGUGAGGCUUCCACAGUGCUGACCCCCCCCAGACCCCCACCUUGUUUUGUCACCAUCACCGUCUUCAUCCCCCCUUUAAGGUGCAUUAAGGAUGGUGGGGGGGGGGUGUCCAGGCUCCUCCCCCCCCCAAAAGGGGGUAGAGGGUGCAGACACCCCCAAGAAGUCUUUCCUCUCCAAUCCCCCACAGAAUGCGUGCGCACAAAUGGAUGGUGUUUGAUGGGAAGGGGGUUGAAAUUUAAUUAUUAUUGAUAUUAAUUUAAUCUAGAACUUUUUCCAGUGCAUUCUUCUUUCCUCUUUAUUUCUCCCCCCCCCAAAAAAAAUGGUUUCUCUUGCUUUAAAGGCAAAAUGCUCAUUUCCCCCUGUUCUCUUGGUGAGGACACCUCCAGCCCUUCCUUCCCCAAAGCCGAUGGUCAGGUUUGCUCAGGUUUGUUAUAGUGGGCUAUUUGCUGCUUUUGCAAAAACAAACAAAAAACCAGAAAUAAAAUGGGAAUUGUACAGAAAA